AUGUCCGACGACUCUGGUGAGGAUUUCGGAGGUCCUGGAACCACCGCCCCAAAGGUGCCUGCGAAACGCAAAGCGAGUCGCAAACCAACCAGCCGCGCCGAAGCAGGUCCUUCAUCCCGUCCAGCUUCAACUGCGGCACACAAAAAGACCUCCAAGGCGCCAUCGGCGGAGGACUCCGAUGUACAAUUGAUUGAGGCGCCGCGAGAUCUAGAGGAUGCUGUUGACGGAGAUGAAGACGAGGACGAGGUUGUCCAAAUUGAUCCACCGCCAUCUCAGCCUCCUCGCUCGAACCGAAAAACUGCUACCGCUCGCGCAGCAUCGGUUACCGUAAAUGGAAAAUCAACCGCGAAGGGUAAAGGGAAAAUGAAGGAUGUGCCUCCCAAACCUGCGAAGAAGAAUGUCAAACCAAGUCAGGUUUCGAAUAUUGACGACUUAGUAGAUGAUGAAAUGGAUGUCGAUAACGCAGCCGAAGAUGUUGCUAGAGCGAUUAACACCGCUUCUGGACACAAGGGACAUAACACUCAGGGAUUGGCAGAGCAAUUGCGCCGGGCAGAAGCUCAUAUCGAGGAUCUUAAAAAUCAAUUGGAGGAGCUAUUCCAAGUGCGGAACACGGAGCCAGAGGAACUUCUGAAACAACAACAAACGCAUCAUCAGGCGCAAGUCCAAGCGCUUGAAUCUCUUAUUAAAGAGCUCAAUGCUCAAAUAACUCGGAAAGAACCAUUACUUUUGACAAGCGAAGGCUCACUUUUCAAUAUCCUCACGCGAGAGGAGGCGGACAAGGAAACACACAAUCUUCAGCAACAAGUGAAGUCCUGGAAAGCAGAAGUAGAAAACACCAAUAAACUUUUGAAGGAAAGAGAUGACGAGAUUGUCAGACUGCGCGAGUCAGAAAGGGUCAACAUGGUCUCUACAGAGCAAUAUCUGAAACUCGAACUGCAUCAAGAGAUUGAGCGGGGGAGGUCGAUCGCCAAUAAGGUUGCACGAGCCCCGCCAUCUGCAUCUCGUGGUCGAAAUGGAGGGUUGUUAGGAUCAGACGACCCCAAACACACCGAGGUCAUUAAAGUCUAUGAAGACCUGACCAACCUCCUUGUUCCUGCCAUCAAAAUGCAAGCGGGGAAAUAUCUCGACUUGGAUGAAUGGAUUUUCACCUGUAUUUACACCUAUUCGGAUCUACAUGGACCCCCGAAUGAAAGCAAAAGUUUAAACUUUACUUUACGCUUCUGCGACGACCUAAUGAGCGGUGAAUCCGAGCCAGUCACGUCGAAGAAACAGUUGGUCAGCACUGUCCAUUACCUUCCAUUACAGCUGGACAAGGAGUCGCCAGAAUUUGUGCAAAAAUUGGGAUUCUUAAAUGGUGCUUUCACUUUCGAGCGAGAUCAGCUUUCUUUAUUCCUACGGACUUUGUACGACACUAUGGGUGAUACUUUUAAAAAUGGAUCGGAAGACUCGGGCGAAGAAGAGCGAGGGUAG